GAGUCCACCUUGUACGACAUUUUAUUUUAUUUGACAAACACACAGAAUACCAAGUGGCCACUCUGAACAUGGAGCUAGCCGCAACUCAUCGUCUUCUUCUUCUUCAUCAAAACCCACUGCUCAAACCUAGGGUUAGGGUUUCUCACAGACCUUUCACUCUCACUUCAAACUCAAUCUCAACAGUUCAUCACCGCCAGCAACUGAGAAUGAACAUGUCGAAACCCAUUUCAUGCUCUGCUUCAGCUGGAGACAACGGCUCCACCACGACCGCAACCACUUCUCCAAUCGGCGCUGUGGCUCGGAUUGGAGAGGUGAAGAGGGUGACAAAAGAGACGAAUGUGUCAGUGAAAAUAAACUUGGACGGUACAGGUGUUGCUGAAAAUAAUACUGGGAUUCCCUUCCUUGAUCACAUGUUGGAUCAACUUGCUUCGCAUGGGCUGUUUGAUGUGCAUGUUAAGGCCACUGGUGAUAUCCACAUUGACGACCAUCACACAAAUGAAGAUGUUGCUCUUGCCAUUGGAACGGCUUUUUUGCAGGCACUUGGUGAUAGGAAAGGAAUAAAUCGGUUUGGUGACUUCUCAGCUCCUCUUGAUGAAGCACUAAUACAUGUUGCACUGGAUUUAUCUGGCCGACCGUAUUUAGGUUAUGAUUUGCAAAUACCUACUCAGAGAGUUGGAACAUAUGACACUCAGUUGGUGGAGCACUUUUUCCAAUCACUGGUGAAUACUUCUGGCAUGACACUCCACAUCCGGCAGCUUGCUGGAAGAAACUCUCACCACAUAAUUGAAGCAACCUUCAAAGCUUUUGCAAGAGCUCUUCGGCAAGCAACAGAAUCUGACCCUCGCCGUGGUGGGACUGUUCCAAGUUCAAAAGGUGUGCUGUCCCGUUCUUGAUGCUAGAGGUAGAUAAUGUUGGGCUUAAGGUGGUUUAAGUUAAACCUAUAUCCUCAUUUUCCUCAAGCAUGCUUUGGGGAUAAUCAGGUUGAUGAUCCCACAUGUAUAGUAUUGUUGAUUAUCAGUUGAAGCUUCACCAUGUUGAAACAAAGCAAAAUACAAAUCUGGAUGCUACCACUGGAGGGAUGGGUGUCCAACAGAGAGACUAUAAGGAUUAGUUGCUUGUAUGAAUUGUGCUGGACCUCACAGUCUAUUGAUCAUCAAUAAAUCACUCAGUUUUAAAUUUCCAUGCUUUGAUUUAUCCAUUUGUUUUUGAGAUCUGUCAAUCAAUGAACUCAUUGCAGAUUUAUCCAUGUGCAAUCAAAUAAGGUUGGUUUAGUGCUCCA